AUGCACCCAGCUCCGAGCCUGGCCGAGGCGCCCCCGAAGACCGAUGAAUCGAGGUCCCCAGCCCCUCCGCCCGGGCACGGCGGUCCUCCAGGCGGCUCAACUCAGCAGCCACGGCCUCCGACCCCUACCCAUAGCCAGUCGGUUUCGCCACCAUUGAGAAAGGAUACCGCUUCCUCUAUCUCCACCCAGGCCUCCGGGACCUCCACGGCGCCCGGGACUGCCCGUCUGUCGGUCGAGGGUGCCAACAGCAACACAUCGUAUAGUGCCGAAACUUCCCCCACUCCGCACCAGUCCAUUUUCUCUGUCAAGGAUGGCUCCGACCUCUCUAACAACCGUCGCGCCAGCAGGAGGCGGACUGGUCCCUUGUCCCAGCAACAAAGAGAGAAGGCCGCUCUCAUCAGAAAGCUAGGCGCCUGCUCUGAGUGCCGAAGACGUCGUGUCGCAUGCCACCCAAGUCACCAUAAUAUGACCUGGGAGGAUGCCGUGAAGAAAUAUCAGAAAUAUCACCGGUCGCUAAGCCCGAAUAUUCCAGACAUUGCGCCUUUAACAGGCGCUAGGCCGAUCAGCCCAGCACCGACGACAAACCACAGCCCUUUAAAUCACAACAACCAUGUCAACGCUGUCUUCAGGAGAGACUCCUCAGAUGCUAUGGAUAUUGACUCUGGGCCCGCACAAAGCCCUACCCAAUCACCUCCGCAGAGCGAGUCACGGCUUCGCACGCCUCUCCCAUCCGGAAAACCCCCCGCAGUGCCGGGCAUCGACAGCCUCCGAGCUGUCCUCGAAAGCCACGCUUCGCGAAUCUUUUCAACCCCCCACCGGGGGCGCUAUUCAGCGGCACAAGCGCUCCUUCUCUACUGGCAAGAUGACGAUGACGAAGUGCUGAGUGCGACUGUGCAGGACCUGGCCGAUGUCUUCGACAAGCAGUACAGGUAUACGUUUCAAAAACAGAAGAUCCCGUCGCCUUCGGAUGAGUGUAGGAAUCCGCUGCGUUGGCUCCUGCAGCAGAUAACCGCCUUCGCGGAUGACCGGGAUCAACGCGAUGUCCUAAAAAUUCUCUACUACAAUGGGCACACCUAUCUCGACCGGAAUAAAGAGAUGGUACUUGCAAGUUCCCGUGACAGGGAAAAGGCGUCAACCAUACGGUGGAGCGGUAUCCAGCAGAUCUUGGAAGAGGCCUGCUCAGACACGCUCAUCAUCAUGGACGCAGCGUAUUAUCCUUCGCCAAACGUCGAGAGGAAGCAGGGCGUCUUGGAGCUGAUCGCCGCCGCUUCAUCCGAAGAGCAUUUCCAGUUGCUCGAUCGGUGCGCAUUCACCAGAGCCCUAACAGAAGAGCUUCGAAAUAAGGCCAGGGGGCCCAACCAUAACUCGUUAACGGCAGCCCACCUGCAUGCCAAGCUUUUAUCCAUGUAUCCAAAGAUGAUCCAGGACCAGAAUCCCGAACGUGAAUGGAUAUCGAGCAUUCCUGCUCCUCUCCACUUACAGAUUACGGGCAAUCCCAGACUUCCUUCUAUCCAACUGUGCCGUCUCCACAGGACUAGCCUACCAUUCGCGGCGGACCACAUGGGCCCCCAGAUUCAUCUGUCGAUGCGGCUGAAGGAUGAUUUCUUCGACAUCGAGAACUGGGCAGAGUGGUUACGUGUGAUGCCUGAUGGUGUCCGGGAUGUCAAGGUCGAGGGCCAGCUCCCGUUGCUCAAAUAG